UAAAAAUGAUAUAUUGUAAUGUCAACACAGAAGAUUUAAUAACCGUUGCUGAAGCAAUGGGUAAUAAGCAUAAGCCCCAAUACAUGAGGGAUUUAGUUAACGACCAAUUAAGGACCUUGAAAAAUACUUAUGCUCUCUCCUCCCGAGGCAAAUGAGACCUUGGUGAGAAUGGCCAAAUCCACUACUACAGCCCUGACGGUGUACUAAUCCUUAGUUGUCUCGUUCAUGAAAAUAUUGCAGCAUCCAGGGUUUUCCGAUUUAUGGAUGAUCUCUCCGAGACCCUUAUGAGAAGCAAAGACAUGAACAAAGCUUAUUCAGCAAGAACAUUGAAUAGAAGCAGCUCUAAUCUAUCCUGUGAUGAUUUUUCCAGUACAAUUUCAGAAUAUAUCUCAAAAUUUAACAAAACCGAAGAAUACGAAGAUAAGGCUCAACAGGUAUUUGUCAACCUCAGCGAAGCAAAGGAUAUGAUAGUGGAGAGCCACAUGAAAUUACUUGAGAGAGGUGAGAAAAUAGAUGUUACACUUGCGAAAACUAAAGACUUACAAACAGAAAGCAAAAGGUAUGCCAAAAACGCUAGAAAAGCCAAGAAUCACUUUAUCAGAAGAAAAUGGUGGCUCUACUUGCUGAUCAUCCUCACUACCAUUAUCAUAACAGUCGUCGUCAUUGUCUUGCUCAAAUUUGUCUUCUCAAUAUUUUAA